UGACUAAGUUAAUGUUAACUAUUACCUAUAAAGUCACAGUCUCCACAGUCAUUUUUGCACAUUGUGCACAGCAGCUUCAAUAUAAACCACUUGGUAACUAGCCAAUCAACUACAUUUCCUGGAAAACUGUACCUACAUCAUAUCUGUGUGCCUCGGAGACUGUCUUUCAACUCCCCAUGGUCUUCACUAAUGGAUGGACUGCAUGUUAUUCUUCUUGUUCUUUUAGGAGUUGUUUCCUGCAGUCAAAAUGGAAUUUCUGUAUCAGUACUGGAAGUGACAGCCCAACCUGGAGAUAACAUCACUCUGUAUUGCGACUGCAAAAUGACCAUUGGAGUGCACAUAAUAUGGUACAGGAAGUGUUCUCAUGAGAACACUGUUGUUUUACGGUACAAAUCUGUGUCUUGGUUUCCUUUGGAACCUUUGUCUCAUUUGCACUUUGUGAAGAAUGAGUCGUCUAACUCCCGAGACCUUGUGAUUUUAAAUAUCACUGAGUCUGAUGAAGGCCUCUACUACUGUGGAACAGAAGAACAGCAUGGGGAAAAUAAAGACUGCAGAUUUGUUUACACAUAUGGAAAUUCCACGACAAGACUCAAAUUAGGAAAACCAUUCAUCGUGCAAGAACAGUGUGACAUGGAUGCUGGUGUAACCUGUGUGUCAUGGAUGAUGUUGUUCACUCCAGCCUUUACCAUUCUCACCUCAUUCUCCUUUAUUCUAGUAUAUCACACUUGUCAGAAAACAGAAAAAAAAUCUCAUCAUCAUCAGAAAAGAUUGAGUGUCAAAGGACAAUCAAGGCAAAAUAUGGAUGAAGAUCUGUGUUUAACACGAGUUGUGUUCCUGUCUCAGGACGCACAAACACACCAUUCAGAUGACAAAGAAGAAAUAAAUAACUAGCUUUGUCUUUAAGUUAUAUUUAUAAGGUUUACAAUCAAAAGUACACAUUGUGUUUUUUUCAAUCUCUCAUUUUUGGUAACUCUGUCACUGUGUUUUUGUCAUCAUUCCUGCAGUCAUAUACAGUGGCUUGCAAAAGUAUUCGCCCCCCUUGAACUUUUCCACAUUUUGUCACAUUACAACCACAAAUAUG